UUCAGCGUCAUUGCGUCACGAGCUCAUUCAUCCUCCAGCUGCUGCAUGUAGCUGUUGUAAUCUCUCCUGUAGCGUGUUUUAUCAACGGAGGUCCUCCUCCUCCUGCCGCCGCAAUCUCUCUCCUCUAUCUUUAGCUCUGUACCACACAGGCAGCAGUUUAACGCUCUUCUUGAGUCGACUCUCCCAUCUUUAUUCGGGACAGGUUGUCUUUCUCGGUAGUGUACGUCCAUCCGACCCACACAGAUAUGGGAAUGACACUCCGGAGCUUUUAUCUGCUGUCUUGGACUUGAGAAGCGCAGUGAAGGAUGUUGUUUUGCCCGAGCCGGAGCGCACGGCGAGUCCGGGCCUCCCUCCUCCUGCCCGGGGUCUUGAUCUGCGUAAUCCUCGCCGCCGUCGGUGCGAGUAUGCCGGUAAACAAGUGCCCCAAUCACAUAGACUGUGCCAGAAAGGGGCGGCACUUUUGCAAGCCUGGCUCCUCCCACUGUGGCCCCUGCCUCUCCCCGUUGGAGGAAGAUAAAGCGGGACUUUGUGUUGCUCCCAGGACACACUUUCUCCAGCACCACCACCACCACCAAGCCUCUCAUCCUGACGUCGAUGAAGAAAUCGACUAUCUGUCCUCCGUCAUUUCCAAGCAGCAAAUGUCAGAAGUCAAACAGCCAGACUCUCGCUCACAGUCUCCUCUGCAAUCCCAGUCAGAAUCGAAGCAGAAGAGUCUGCACAAACCCCCAACGACCAGUGGCCCAUCCACACCAACACAACAGACCCCUAAAUCGGUCACAAACUCGUCCGACCGCCACGGGCCGAUCAUCUCCCCCCACUCCUCCACAGACAGCCUGCUAGUCUUGAUGAUCUCUUUAUGCAUUAUUGUGGGGUCCAUGGCACUCAUCAUCGCUGCUGUCUGCUGGGUCAGGUUACAGAGAGAAACUCAUCUGGCUCAGAAAGUUGAUUACCCUGCGUUUCAUGCUGCUGGUCCCAGUCAUAAUCAAACUUCAUCUGGGGAUAAAACCCUGGCUCACAGUGCUCAGAUGUAUCACUACCAGCAUCAGAAACAACAGAUGCUCUCAAUGGAGAAGCAUAAAGCAGAACCUAAAGUCUCAGAGUCUGGGGUCACAUCAGAUGAGGAGAAUGAAGUGGGAGAUUUCACUGUGUACGAGUGCCCUGGACUGGCACCGACUGGAGAGAUGGAGGUGAAAAACCCACUGUUUGACGACUCCACCUUACACUCCCAGAGAAAUCACAAGUGACCUGGACACACACACACCUGCAUACUUUUAAAAUAGGUCUAACACACCUAAAAGCAUUCCUCCAUAGGGUGAAGCUGCAUCUGUCACACCACACACAAAUGAAAAAAAUAUCCUGGAAAAUCUGUGCUCAGAACAAAGUGAGAAAAACACCCAAACUCUAAAGAUACUGAAGAAGGGGUGGUGUGUAGUCAAUCAGGUAAAUAAAAGUAAAAGACAGCAGUGGUUAAAAGGUUUUUCUUUUACUCAGAUGCACAUAUAUCAAAUCUGAAAGAACUCUGGCACCGCAAACUCUCAGUGGAAACUCAGACCGGCCUUUUAAUGCGGUUUCUUUACACCACGUCUUUAUUCUUCAAGUCUGGGGUUAGUUUUCUCCCACUAGCUUUUUAUGUCACCUCCCUUUUAAAAUCAUUUGUCUUUAGAGU